UGUAUUUACUCAACAGAACGACUAGCAGAGAGAAGAAAGAACGGCGCGCGGAGGCCCGGCCCGACCGCGCAUGCGCCGAUCCCCCGGGCGCGCCCGCUCGAUGUCUCGGCCUGCGGCUGCCGCUGUCUAACCGCUCCAGGCCGGAGCGAGUGCUGCCGGAGCGCGGCCCCCUCGCUGCCCCUCAGCCCGCGUCUCCGCCGGCAGGAAGCAUGUUCCGCAACCAGUACGAUAACGACGUGACGGUGUGGAGCCCCCAGGGGCGAAUUCAUCAAAUAGAAUAUGCCAUGGAAGCUGUGAAGCAAGGCUCAGCCACUGUGGGGCUGAAGUCAAAAACACAUGCUGUUCUGGUUGCUUUAAAGCGGGCACAGUCUGAGCUGGCAGCUCAUCAGAAAAAGAUCCUGUACGUUGACAACCAUAUUGGAAUCUCAAUUGCCGGGCUUACAGCUGAUGCAAGACUCUUGUGUAAUUUUAUGCGUCAGGAGUGUCUGGAUUCUAGAUUUGUGUUUGAUAGACCUCUUCCAGUGUCUCGUUUGGUGUCACUAAUUGGAAGCAAAACGCAGAUACCAACGCAGCGCUAUGGCAGAAGACCAUAUGGUGUAGGACUGCUCAUUGCAGGUUAUGAUGAUAUGGGCCCUCACAUCUUCCAAACUUGUCCCUCAGCAAACUAUUUUGACUGUAAAGCAAUGUCCAUUGGUGCUCGUUCGCAAUCAGCACGAACUUACUUGGAAAGACACAUGACUGAAUUUACUGAUUGUAAUCUAAAUGAGCUAGUUAAACAUGGACUGCGUGCCCUGAGAGAGACUCUUCCUGCUGAACAGGAUCUGACCACCAAGAAUGUUUCCAUUGGGAUUGUUGGCAAAGACAUGGAGUUCACGAUCUAUGACGAUGAUGAUGUAGCACCAUUCCUAGAAGGCCUUGAGGAGAGACCGCAGAGGAAGCCUGCUCUGCCUGCUGAUGAGCCUGCAGAGAAGGCAGAAGAGCCCAUGGAGCACUAAUUGGUGGACAGGUUCCUUUGUGCUGCCAUACGUGAUGCUGUACCGGAGCGUUUAUCCACGGGUGGUAACUUUAUCCUCAGCUCUAUGCCUCUUAUGCUGAUACGUACUGAGGAUUGCUUUUAAAAAAGAAAUAAACCCACUCACCUAUCCUUAA